AGUCCCCGUCAAACAAACUAUGAGUGUCCCAAUCCAAAUGUGUCGGUUUUGUUAUUUUUUGUGAUUUUUCUAAGAUUAUGCAACGCCUUAUUCUGCCCACUCAUUGAACAACACUCCCUUCUGAGCUUCAAGAACUCUGUAAUCGAUCCCUACCAUCAUCUCUCUUCAUGGAAUGUCGACGUCAAUUUGCUGCAAAAGGAAGGCCGUGACCUGCAACAAUUCAACCGGCCAUGUUCACCGCCUCCACCUCUCCGGUUUCGGCUUAAGAGGCCAAAUAAAUCCAUCUCUUGCCAAUCUCUCCCACUUGACUCAUCUCGACCUGAACCUCAACACCUUCCAUCAAACAAUCCCUUCCUUCAUCGCCUCACUCACCAAUCUCGAGCACUUGAACCUCUCCUUCGCCGGUUUCCACGGAAAGAUCCCCCAUACCAUCGGAAACCUCACACGUCUGCGCAGUUUGGACGUGGUCGGGUUUUCAAACAUGGUAUGGGGAGAUCACCUGAACCACUACCACAGCAUACAUCUCGCUGGCUAUCCGGAGAUGGAGUAUGUAGCGCGUGUGGCCUCUCCGAACCUGCUACAUGUUGACACCCUUCGAUGGCUCUCGCAGCUUUCGAGAUUGGAGGCUCUCAACAUGAACUAUGUGAACCUCAGCAGAGCAAAGGAGUGGUUGCAGAUGGUGUUCCUAGCUGGUUUUGGGAGAUUCAGUUUUUGAAUCUAUCUCACAAUCACCUCCAUGGAAACAUACCGGAUAUUCAUGGCUCUACAGAAAAUCAAUAUGUGUACACGAGUAGCAACCAGUUGGAGACAGAUUGAGGGAGCUGGAUUUAUCGAGUUACUCGUUCUCUGGAGACAUAGCUCACUUUCUAUGUGAUGACACAUAUGAAACAUACUAGUUGGAGAUCCUUCACUUGGGAGACAAUCAAUUAAGUGGGGAGUUGCCAGAUUGUUGGAUGAAAUGGCCUUCUUUGAAGUAUAUCAACAUAGGCAACAAUCAACUAUUUGGAAGCAUCCCAACUUCUAUUGGCCUUCUUGCAAAUCUGCUAUCUUUGAAUCUUCAAAACAACAGUUUUUCAGGGCGCAUACCUUCUUCAAUGCACAACUGCAAGAAGAUGCUGAAGAUGGGGCUAGCAGAUAACAGACUUGGUGGGGAUAUACCGACGUGGAUAGGAACAAGCCUAGUCGAGUUGAGGAUUCUCAUAUUGCACUCAAACAAUCUGAGUGGUGAGAUAUCGCCCGAGCUUUGCCAGCUGAGCUAUCUCCAGAUAUUGGAUCUCUCAAACAACGAACUCUCGGGCGUGAUACCAAGGUGUGUUCACAACUUCACUGCAAUGGCUGUGAAGAAAAGCAUGCCUGAUCUGUACAAACUGUGUGGUGGUGAAAAGUCCAUCUAUUCUUUCUCAGUCUAUAUAGGAGGGUUUAUAGAGAGUGCAUUGAUAGUCAUAAAGAGAAGUAAACUGCAGUAUGACACCAUUAUUCCCUUGGUCACUACUAUUGAUAUUUCAAACAACAGUUUGCAUGGAGAAAUCCCAACUGAGGUGACAUAUUUAUUGGAAUUGAAAUCCCUUAAUUUGUCAAGAAAUGAGUUGGUUGGUUUGGUGCCUGAUCAUAUUGGAGACAUGAAGCAGUUGGAAUCACUUGAUCUAUCAAGAAACUCUUUAUGUGAUCUAUUAAUGGUUUGCAGUUUAUUAGUGUUGAGCAGGAGGUGGAGAGAUGCCUAUUUUGGUUUGGAAGAAAGGAUGUGGAACAAGCUCUGUGUGUUUGUCAUUGUCAAAUGGAGAAGAAUCACAUCCUCUGUAUGAUCAUUUUAUGUUUUUCUAACUGUGGUGUGUAUGUUUCAAUAAUGUAAAAAUAUGCAAUGUGUUUAGACUCUCCUUCUUGAAGAUGGUAACCGAGAGGGAUAAGGGAUAAAAGGCUAGGCAUGGUGAAUUGCAAAGAACAAAGUUUAUGAUUCUCUUAUUUCUGUAUUUCUGUGUGUUUUACAUUGUAUACAAUGAUCUCUUUUUAUAGGAGAGAAAUACAAGUAUAUUUGGAAACAUAUCAAUCUAUUCUAGGUAUAA